AUGGAGCAAUUCAAAUAUUCCCCAUUGAAACAAUCAGAUACGGUCCGGCGAUCCCCUCGACUUUCUAGUCCACGUCCAUCCAUUCUCUCCAAGUCAAAGAAUGCUUCUGCCUCUCCGUCUCCAAGAAAACGGUCUCGCGUGCGACAAGAUGAUGAGAACGAGGAAGACAAUGGGAGUAUUGUGAAACAAGAGGAAAAUGAUCCUGGGUUCAAGUCCUCGACGGGCGAUGUGAUACCUACGACGCCUAGAUCAAGAAAGCGAAGGACCACUACCAAGGAGCGAUCAUUGAAAGAUCCAUACAACCCGGUCAACAACCUGGUGGACAGUCUAAGGCCUGGCCUGACCCUGGUCUGUAUCGGUCUCAAUCCCGGGCUCAUGACAGCCGCAACCGGCCAUGCGUACGCCCAUCCCUCCAAUCGGUUCUGGCACCUCCUUCACACAUCGGGCAUAACACCCAAGAAGCAUCUCCCAUCCGAGACACGAGACUUGAUGGACCUGUACCAAAUCGGAAAUACGAAUAUAUGUGCUCGGCCCACCAGGAGUGGCGAUGGCUUGAGCAAGCAAGAGAUGGAGGAAGGAGCUGCCAUCCUCGAUAAAAAGAUCGCUAUCUACAGACCGGAGGCUGUGGUGAUAGUUGGCAAAGGCAUUUGGGAAGCCAUUUGGAUGGCAAAGAAAGGCCAGAAGAAGUUCAAUGAUCCAAGUUUCCACUGGGGAUGGCAAGACGAGGAGAUGCAACUGGGACGGAUCUGGGAAGAUGGAAAGUUACUAUGGUCCGGGGCAAAGACAUUUGUGGCCACCUCUACCAGUGGACUGGCAGCCACGCUGACGCCGGCAGAGAAGCUUGCCAUCUGGAAGCCUCUGGGCGACUGGAUGACGGCCAGGCGUGAGGAUCCGAGGCAGCUUGGAGAAUCAUGA